AACCGACUCUUCAAUCUCACCUCUCAUUUUCCCUCCAAAACCUGUAACUUCUCUCUUUCUUCUUCCUCCGCCAAAUCUAGCGGCGCUCCGCCAAGUGCGGCUAAAAAUGGCGGACUUUCCCCCUAACUUAGACGACGGGGAGCUUUGGCUACCGUCCGAUUUUUUUCCAGAUGAAAUCUAUCCACCCAACCAUGCGCCCCCCUCGAAGUUUCUUCACUCGUCUAAAUUUAGCGGCGGUGCUAAAUUUAACCCUGAGUUUCCGUGCGAGCUCACCUACAUGGAAGACCUUGCGAACCAGCUCGCCCUCGCCAUACUCGAUGAGAAACCCUCUCCUAAACCACCUCCAAAAAUGCCUCCAGUUUUAGAGAUACAGAACCAGAGGCCAAGCUCUCGCCCCCUGGUUAACCCUCGCUUCGGUGAAAAUACUUUUGAGAAAAGCGGUUUUGGGGCUCUCUCAAAAAGCGGCUUUGGUAACCCUGGUUUUGAUUGCAGUCGAGCUUGUACAGGUCUCAAACCACUGCCUUUUCAGAAACCAGGCCGUACCCGAAUGCAGGUUCAGAGGCAGAUGAACCAGCCGUUACCAUUUCAGGCAAUUGGAAGUGAGGUGGGUUCCUUGAGGGGCUCUAAUGGAACUGGUGUGUUUCUUCCUCGUAUUUUUCAUGCUGAUACGGGUACCACACAGAAGCAGAAUUUCAAAGUUGCAGAGAAAAAACAGGAACAAAACAGGAAUGUGGGUGGUGUAAGGAAGAGAGUGACAUUUCAGAGUGUGCAGAGGUCACCUGAGUUGGGUUUACCUCAAGAUUGGACCUAUUGAAGUUAGAGAGAGAAAGAGAGAGAGAGUCGGGGGGAGUAAAUGCCCCUAUAAGACUUUGUACUCUUGUAUCAAAGGAGUAGCAGAGAUCAGAAAGGCUAGGAAUAAGUAUUCAAGAUGAGAGAAAAGUAAAAGGAAGCAGGAAUUCCAUCAUGGUUUUGGUGCAGGUCUGUAAAAACAAAAGGGUAAAAGCGAGUACGAUAAAGUUUUAGAGAGAGAAACGCCACAGGGCUAGGGUUGGUUGCAUGGAUUGGGACUGUACAAGCCUGUGAAUACAGUAAUAAAGUUCCUUUUUUUUGAGAA